AAAAUUUGUCACAAGAUGGAUGGAGGAGUUGUUUUCCAAUAUGUCUAAAAGAUAAACAGUGAUACCAAGGAACACUAAAGUCUUGUAAAGGAGACGGCUAAGAAACAGAUAUCAAUUUAAAAGUGAACUGCUGAUAGAAUGCCUAAAGGGACAAAUAAACAUGACCCCAUCGAGGGUACGAGUGGUGUACGUUCUAGAAACCUAGAUGCCCCAACCAAAGGCACUGACAACGACAAUUCAAAUAGUAUUACGUCUGACCCUAAAGAUGAAGCUACAGGAAAAUUACUUGGCUUUGAUGAUCUAGAUGGUGAGGAAUUUGAUGACGGCAGUUUUGAUAUUGCAUCUGUCACCCACAGAGCAACAGAAUCAGCUGAAGAAUUUGUCAGAAAGAUCUGGGAGGAAGGCUGGAAUGUAAUUCAUCAUACUCAUUUACCUAAGUGGUUAAGGGAUAAUGACUUUUUGGUUGAGGGGCACAGGCCUCAGUUACAUACAUACAAAGAGUGCUUUAAAUCUGUAUUCCGCAUACACACAGAGACAGGAAAUAUAUGGACACAUUUAUUAGGGUUUAUAGCAUUUAUAACGGUCACAGUGUACUUUCUAACCCGACCAACAAUUGAGGUGCAGUGGCAGGAGAAAGCAGUAUUCUCCGCAUUCUUUGCUGGCGCCAUCUUGUGUCUUGGCUUCAGUUGGAUCUUCCACACUGUCUACUGCCACUCAGAGGGAAUAGGGAAGCUGUUUAAUAAAUUAGACUACUGUGGGAUAGCAAUACUGACAAUGGGAUCAUUCGUGCCCUGGUUAUACUACAGUUUCUACUGCAGGUUACAACCUAAGGUUGUCUACCUCGUGUUGAUAUUUACUCUUGGGACUAUAUGUAUUAUAGUCUCUCUCUGGGACAAAUUCAGUGAGCCUCGCUUCAGAGCACUGAGAGCUGGAGUGUUUAUAGCCCUGGGACUCAGUGGUGUCAUCCCAGCCAUGCACUACGUCAUCACUGAUGGCUUCUGGCACGCUAUAAACUUUGCAUCUCUAGGCUGGCUAGUGCUCAUGGCCAUACUCUAUAUAUCUGGCGCAGUCAUCUAUGCAGUGAGAAUACCUGAGAGAAUAUGGCCAGGAAAGUUUGACAUUUGGUUCCAAAGCCACCAGAUUUUUCACAUGUUUGUCAUUGCGGCUGCUUUUGUGCACUAUCAUGGUAUCUCUAAGAUAGCAGACUACAGGCUCACCAUGGGGGACUGCCUGGCAGAGGAGUAG